CAUAAAUAGCAAAAGAAAGAAAGCUCGGUCCCCGCCGUGUGUCUUUCCCCUUCCUCCCGAAGCAAUGGGAUUCCGAUUCUCCGCCCUCUCCGCCGCCGCCGCCGCCGCCCUACGCCGCCGCCGCCGCCGCUUUAUUCCCCCUACCCUCUCCCAUUCCCUCCUCCUCUCUCCCUCGGAGCUCCGGAGCCACUCCCUCACCCCCGCGCGCUGGCACGUCGCCCACUCCCACCACGGCGGCGGCGCCGACGUCGCGCUUGCCGCCGGGAAGGCCGUCACCGGCUACGUCUCCGGCAGCACCGCCAUCGUCGCCGACGCCGCCCACUCCGUCUCCGACAUCGUGCUUAGUGGAAUUGCAUUGUUAUCCUUCAGAGCUGCUAAGGCUCCAAGGGACAAAGAACAUCCUUAUGGUCAUGGUAAGUUUGAGAGCCUAGGAGCUCUUGGGAUCUCUAGUAUGCUUUUGGUGACUGCGGGUGGUAUUGCCUGGCAUGCUGUCGAUGUUCUGCAGGGACUUAUUGCUUCGACUCCUGACAUGAUUAAUGGCACACUGCAACAUGGCCAUCAUAACAAUGACCAUGGUGGCCAUCACCAUGGAAUAGAUUUGGAGCACCCUGUCCUGGCAUUGAGUAUGACAAUUGCGGCAAUAUCUGUUAAAGAAGGGCUGUAUUGGAUCACAAAGAGUGCUGGAGAAAGGGAAGGGAGUGGUCUGAUGAAAGCAAAUGCGUGGCACCAUCGCUCUGAUGCUGUUUCAUCUGUUGUUGCUCUCAUUGGGGUAGGUGGCACUAUUCUUGGAGUACCGUAUUUAGAUCCCCUUGCUGGACUUGUUGUAUCUGGCAUGAUUCUCAAAGCUGGUAUUGAGACCGGAUAUGGGAGUGUCCUUGAACUAGUUGAUGCUGCCGUACCACCAUCCGUUCUAGAGCCCAUCAAGCAAACAAUUAUUCAAGUUGAAGGUGUCAAGGGAUGCCACCGCUUGAGAGGAAGAAAAGCUGGGACAUCCUUGUAUCUUGAUGUGCAUAUUGAGGUAGAUCCUUUCUUGAGUGUGAGUGCUGCUCAUGAUAUUGGUGAAUCAGUGCGCCGUCAGAUUCACAAAUCUCAUAGUCAAGUCACAGAAGUUUUCAUACACAUAGAUCCCUCAUAUUCUGAGUGCUCCGCUAACAAACUGGACCUGCGGAAGAGCAUGGAAAGUGAGGAGAGGGAAAACUCAAAGAAUAUCUCCAGGCAACAAGAUGCAGAAGCUAUUGUCUCUGAUAUUCUCUCUUCCCAUUUUUCAGGGAAAAUGUCGCUUGAACGCACAAUACUCCAUUCAUUGCAAGGAAAGGUCCUGCUUCAGGUUCAAGUAUCGAUGUCGCCCGAACUGCUGAUUCAGGAUGCGAUGGACAUUGCAAAAGAAGCUGAAAAGGCGAUAAUUAAAGCCAACUCAAGUAUACACCAUGUUAGUAUUCAGCUAAGGUUGGGACCUCUCAUAUCACAACUUUAGGGGCCCAUUGAUAAAAUUGAAAGAAUCACAGGAACAUUAGAACACAUAUCUUUUUUGCUGCUUUAAUAAGCAUUUUUUUUAUAUUCAGAGACUUCAUAUUUCGAUUUUGAUCGAUGUUAAAGUUCUCGACGCCAUAAAAAGUGCCAUAAAAAGUGUAAGAGUUCUUUUGUAUGUUCCUGGUAUAGCCCAUCAUAAUGUAAACAUAACAAAGGAGGAGAUAUAUGAGAAAUGUUUGUUGUACUGUGACAA